AUGGAUACAACCUAUUCAGAAUCAGUUGAUUGUAAACAAUGGAAAAAGGAUGCAAUGAAUCUUGCAAUCAAGAAUAAUAUCUUUGGUGAUGAACCACUCAUCAUGGUAUACAACUUGGAUCACUUUAGAGCUUUGGCAAAGGAAUCAAACGAUAGAUUCAAUGGUAUUCAAACAAUGGCUGUUAAAUCAAACCCUGUUAUGAGUUUAUUAAAGGAAGCUAUAAAGAGUGGAUUAGGUGCUGAAGUUGCUUCAUUUGGAGAAUUAAAGAUUGCAGAAUUGGCUGGUUUUACACCAGAUAAAAUAAUUUAUGAUUCACCAAUUAAAACCAUUCAAGAAUUAGAAUAUGCCAUUAAUUUGGGAGUUGUAAUCAAUGUUGAUAACUUUCAAGAGAUGGAUCGAGUUGUAGAGAUCGUUGAAAAGUUGGAUGAAAAGAAGAAAUCAACUUUGGUGAUUGGUAUUCGUGUCAAUCCACAAGUACAAGCUGGCAAAUAUGCAGAUUUGAGCACUGGUGUCCCAACCUCCAAGUUUGGUAUUGGUUUGGAUGACAGUCGUGAAAGAAUCAUCUCUUACUAUACACAAUACAACUGGAUGCGUGGUGUCCACUUGCACGUCGGUUCACAAGGUUUUGAAAUGUACCAAACCAGUGACGCCGUCGUCAAGGUGAUGUCGUUGGUCAAGGAGAUCAACGGUCUCACCAACAAUCAAAUCACACACGUCAACGUCGGAGGAGGUCUCUCGGUCAACUUUGACACUGAACAAGACAAGCCAACCUUUACCGACUAUUCCACUCAUCUCAAGGAACGUAUUCCAGAGCUCUUUGACGGUUCCUUUACAUUGAUCUCUGAAUUUGGUCGUUCAUAUUGGGCCAAGUGCGGUGUCGUUAUUUCACAAGUGGAAUAUGCCAAAAAGUCUGGCGGUCGUGAUAUUGCCGUCGUUCAUGCCGGUGCCAACCUCUACAUCCGUACCAUCUACCAACACCCACUCUGGAAGCUCCGUGUCACCGUAUUUGACUCGACUGGUGUCUACCAAGACGGCAAGGACGGUGCUUCGGUCAUGGAUCUUGCUGGCCCAUGUUGUUUUGCUGCUGAUCUCCUCGUCAAGGAACGUCUCCUUCCAACCAUCAACAAGGGUGACUAUGUCAUGGUCCACGACUCUGGUGCCUAUUUCUACUCUUCCUAUUCACAUUACAAUCUCAGACUUGCUCCACCCAUCUUUGCCGUUGAAAGUGUCGAUGGAAAGACUUACGAUUCCAUCAAACAAAUUAAAAAGGGUGAAACUAUUGAACAAAAGAUUGCCUUUUUCUCUUAA